AUUUGUUUUUAAAAACGAGUUUUGCAUAAUAUAAUAAAAUAUAUAAAUUGUAUUUUGUUUUGUCAUGUAUAAUUUUAAACAUAUAUGUGGUGUUUUUGAAGUUUACGUUGUAAUUUGAUGCCGGUUGUUAACCAUGGCCUCAAAAAAACCUAUAAUUAGAUGCAAAUACGAGGAGGGCGAAAAAGUACUUUGUUAUGAACCAGAUCCCGCAAAAACCAGAGUUCUUUAUAAUUCAAAAGUAACUCAUUUUUAAUUUAUUAAUUUGUAAAUAUUUAUUAAACAAUUUAAUAUAUAUGUUAUGUAUUUAGGUUUUAAAAAUAGUACACGAAAAAGAUGAUAUUGGCCACAAAUACUACAAGUUUCUUAUUCAUUUCCAAGUGAGUAUUCAUUAUUUAUUACUUGCUUAUGUUGAGUUUCAUAAACGUAAUUUGCAGGGGUGGAAUUCUACAUGGGAUCGAUAUGUUACUGAUGAAUUUAUUCUGAAAGAUACUGAAGAAAAUCGGAAACUUCAAAAAAAACUGGCUGAAGAAGCUCAACUCACGCCGUUAGUAUUAUGAGUUAAGUAGGGAUUAGAAGUAUUAGGCGGUAAAUAAGCAAAAUAUGAUAUGAUAAUAUGAUUAAAAAAAAAAUUAAAAAAUAUACAAUUAACUACAUAAAAUAUACAUACACAAAUCAAGAUUUAUGUAAAAUUAUUUAUUUAAAAUGAAUUAUUUAUUGUAUUUUUGCUUAUAGUUAUUUUGAGUAAAAAAUACAUUAAUUUAAUCAAAUGUAAUUUAAAUUUUCAUUUAGUUCUUAAAUCUUGAUAUUAUGCUGAAAUCAAAAACAAAUAUAUCUAAUAUAAAUGUAUAUUUCAAACAGUUUUGGUGAUGAUAAAUUAUUGUUGCAUUGUACAACUAUUUUUUUUUUUAAACAUUUUUCACAUUAAAUGCUAGUCAAUUGUUAUCCAGUAUGUUUGUACUGAGAAAUGUUUUUUUUUGGUGUUUGUAAAUGUUGGCAUGUGCCACAUAUUAAUAAAAUGUUAAAUCGUUUUCAGAUUCUCUGGUAAAAUGUUUUAACAUUUUUAAUAUUACACCAAAUCAAUAAUUUCUUUAAUAAUAAUCAAAUAUGCAGUUUUGUUCAAAAUCAUUAGUUUAUACAAAAAAUAAAUAUUCAAAGUUUAGUUUAUACUCUACAUUUGUAUAUUAAUUUGCUAUAAAAUAAAAGACUAGGAAAAAAUACAUGCAAGUCCUAUAACUUCUGAUCCCUAAUUAUAAGAAUAUCUUAUAAGUUAGAUAUUAACAAUGUUUUAUCAUUAUUUCAGUGGUGGGAAUUUAUACAGAAAAGAACGAAAAAAACGGACAAAAAAUGAAACUAAAUCAUCAUCUUCUACAGAGCCACCUAAAAAGUCUGUUAAGAAAGAGACAUCUAAAAAGUCUACAGUGGAAUCCAAUGGUACAUCAUUAGACUAUAGUGAUACUAUACUACUACCUAAACGGAGGUUACCAGACCUCAAAUUUCCAAAAAAUUUAAAAUAUCAUACAGGAUAUAACUGUUAUUUAACGCACAAUAAGAACAUGGUAAGAAAAAACAAAUUCAGUUAUUUUUCUAGUAGUUCUUUAUUUAUACAAUUCCAGUUGGUCCGGUUACCUUGCUCACCCAAUGUGGUUACAUUGCUUGAAAAUUUCCUCAAGUAUUUAGCUAGAAAUUUCUAUUUUAUUGACAAGAAAUCAACCAAAGGAUUAACCCGUCAUGAAAAUGAAAAGUUUGAUAGAAAACAGAUAGAAAAACGGUUAGUUAUUUUUUUUUUUCAGUUGUGGAAUAUAUAUUUUUGUAAUAUUAUCAUUAUUUGAUUUUAAAUACCAAACUUUUGGUAUUCUAAUUUCUAUAAUAUUAUGCAAUAAUUAUUUACUAUUGAUUUUGUUUGUUCUUUUUCCAUAGUUAUAAACUUUGUGUAGAAUUUUUGGAUGGUUUAAGAAUAUGUUUUAAUACUUACUUGAAUAGACGAUUAUUAAUAAAUGAAGAGGAACGAGCCCAAUUCCAGGAAGCAAUUAAAAUAGAAGUCCAACCACCUGUAACAAUUAUCCAAGAGUAAAAUUAAAUUAUAAAUAUAAUAGUUAAUUUUAUAUUGAUAGCUCAAACCCUGAAUUUUGCUAUAAUUAAAAUUGAAUCAAAUUAUUUUAUUAAACUAAAACUGGAAUUUUGUCCAUUUUCAUUAUUAAAAAAAAAAAAUGUUAUCUAUUUAUAAUCAUGUAAUAUUACUAGAUAAUUUACUAGAUUACUAGAUUCUUGGGCUAUUAUAUAUAUAUAUUUUUUUUUAUCCAACAUACAAUUUGCUAUUUAAAAUAUAAAACUAGCACACUACUGAAUACUUAAGAAAUUUUAAUUUAACCCAAAAUAUAAUAAUUUGAUUAAAUUUUUUUCACAUAAAGUUUAAUUUUCGAAUUGAACAUCGAGCAUUUACAUUUAUAGUUAAACUUAUACUGCAUAAGGUAGUGGCACAACCAUGAUUUUUUGAAGAGGGGGAUACCAAAUUUCUACAUCUAAAAAAAAAAGUAUUUUAGUACAUUUUAAUUAAUUUAUAUUACUUAACAUGUAUGUUCUCAGACACUUAAAAUAUUCUCUCUUGGUUGUGCCACUGGUAUAAAACAAUACGGCAAUACUUACAGUUUUUUUCCAAAUUUAAAUAUUGAGAUUCAUCAUAUGUACAUUUUUUGAUAUUUUGUUUUACUUUCUUUUAUAGGAGUUAUAAACCAAAAUUUACUGAUGUACAAAAUGGUAGUCAACCAGAUACUGAUGAAGAUAAUGAAAACAAUGUUCGGUCAAAAGGUAAAUAAUGGAAUAGAUUUAAUGAAUCUUUUUUAUUUUUAAGCUUGGAUUAUUAUUAUUUGAUUAGGUAAACAAGAAAAUGGACGCAGUUCGAUCAGUCAUUCCUCAAAAAUUUGUUCAGAGUGCGGGUAUUUAAUACAAAUACCCAUUUCACUUUAUAUAUUUUAUCAUAUUUUUGUUUACAGUUUAGCAGACUCUCAUUGUUCACAAGUAUUUCAUGAUUUAUUUAAAAAAGCACGUGACGUGAAUAUUUUAAAAGCAGAUCAAUGGAAAGCAGUACCAGAAAGUGUGUAUUAUGAAGAAGAAAAACAACCAGCCAUUAUUUAUGGUGCAUACCAUCUUCUGAGGCUUUUAGGUAUUGAUUUAAUUACAUAAUAUUGUAAACUAAAUUUUAGUUCUUAAUCUUAAACAGAUAUCUAAAUCUGUUAUGAUAUUUACCUUGGUAUAAGAACAAGCAAUUUAAGUACAGCAAUUGUACAGUGUCGGUUUAGUCUUUCAUAUUACAGGAAGCUGAGUGUGCGUGCUUUACUAUUUAAAAAUAUAUUAAAUAAAAACAGUAUGUGUAUGAUUAAAAUUAAUCAAAGCAAUGUGAUUUGAAUGACAACAUAUUACUGAACUGUAUUUUGAAUUGUUAGUUGAUAUUAUUUUAAUUUUUAGAGCAAUUGCCAAAGUUAUUGACGUUUACUGAAAUUGAAGGCGAAAGACUCUCAGUUGUAUAUUCCUUUAGUAAUGAGCUAUUAAAGUAAGUACAAUGUAUGCAUAUUUUAAAUUUAAUUUAUUAAUUGACAUACGCAUAAAGUUAAAUACAUACUAUAAUAUGAAAAUCAUUAAUGUUUGUGUGUACAUGAGUGUAGUGCGAAGUUAGAUACAAACCAAGGUGCAGAGGUUAGCAUACGGAGAGUAAUUGACUGGAAAGCUUGUAUGGUGCGAAUUUUGGAUGGUUUAGCGUAGUCCCAAAUUUAGAUUGCAUAUGACCAUAUUGCAAAAGAGAUUUGUGCAUAAUAAGUUUGGUGUAAAUUGGAAGUUUUGAUUUUAAUAUUGCACAAUGUAGAUGUAGUCAGCUAUUCAUAAAAGUAAUUGGUUAGAUUUAUAAAUCUUUGACUUUCUUGGUUUUAUUGUAAAAUUGUUGUCUGUUUAUCGUGCAAAUGAGGAGAAAUAUUAGUGUUCGCGUUUGUUUUAAAAAGAGGUAUAAUUAGUAUGCCUCAGCACUAUAGUUUAUAUAUGAACAUUUUUUUUUAGGGGGAGGAUUUGAAAAAAAAAAUUUAGUUUUACUAUAAUUAUUUUUAAAAAAUUCAAAGUAGAAUUUUAGAAAAUUUUUGGUGAUUGAAACUUUUGUUAAAGUAUGGUCUUUUAUUUUUUAAGGUUUGUUGAAGUUUUUGCAAAUGUGAAUAAUACCAAUUAUGAUUAUUCAGUUAUUAGUCAGGGUUUUCUUUUCUAUUAGUUAAUAUCAUGCAAUAUAAUUAUAUUAUUAUUAUGAGGUAGUUUCAAUCAAUUAAUAAUGGUAAUUUAUGUUGAUAAACAAAAUUAUUAUAAUUGAAAAGAAAAUUAUUCAAAUUUUCAAAAAACUUAGAAAAAAAAAGACCAUAACAAAACUUUCAACCACCAACAUUUUUCUAAAAUUUUAUUUUACAUAAUGGCUAUUUUGAAUUUUUUAAAAAAAAAUUAUAGUAAAAUUUAAAAUUUUUUAUCUCAAGUUCACUUCCGCCUAAAUAAAAAUAUUCAUGCGUAAACUGUAGUGCUUAGGCAUACUAAUUAUUUAAAACAAUGUAUCUUAAAAAUAUUGAAUAGAACAAAAAUUAUUGCACUUAUUGAAUCCUCAUGGACACUCAGUAUAAAUGUAUUAUAAACAAAUUUAAAUACCUAUAUUUUGCCAAGAUCUUAUUAUUUUGUCUAUUAAGAGAGAGAGAUGUCUGUUACACAGAGGCAUCUGAUAGUACAAGUUUCACUGUAAAAUAAAAAUUUUGUAGAAACAAUUUAACAGGAGUAUUAUAUAAGUUAUUUACUACAACUUUAUAAUACUCCAGGUUAAAUUUUUUCUUGUAUAUUUUGUUUUUUUUUGUUUUUCCUAUAUUCAUUUUAAAUAUUAAAUAACUUGAAAUAUUUUAAUUAAUUAAUUUAAUCUUUGACUCUAUUUAAAUCAUAAAUAUUAAAAAAAAAUCUAUGCCAGGUUUGUAAAUAUGAAACCAGAAUUUUCGUAUAGAAAUACAUGUUUAUUGUAUGAAAAAGAUAACAAAUAUUUUAUACUGUAAUGCCCAUUGCUUGCUAUACAUUUUUUUCUCCAAAAAAACUUGCUGUUUGGGGCAAACUUUUCAUUAAGUCAUUUUUGUACAAUUUUGUAAGAUGAAGCGCUGCUCAGCAAGUGUGUGUCCCAUCGAUAAAAAUAAAUAGUAAUCGGAUGAAGCUAAGUCUAAUGAAUAAGCCACAUGCAAAAUUAUUUCCCCAUUUAACACAAAAUCGUUUCUUUGACCAGGUUUGCUGUGUGAUUGUGCAUUAUCUAUCAUAAAGCAAAAUUACUUUAUGUUGCCUUUUUUUUGUUAUUCUGGUCAUUUUCCAUGCAAAUCUUGAUUCAAAUCGAUCAUUUGUUGUCAGUAGAGUUUAGUAUUAACGUUUCCGCCAGGUUUUAAUAGCUUAUAAUAGAUCACCCCCUUCUGAUCCCACCAAACAGAACAUUGUCUUCUAUCCAUAUCCUAACCUUGACUUUCAAGAGCAUUCUCACCGUAGUUUCGAUAAGCAUUCACUGUGAUUCUGCAGCUGUUUUUUUCAAAUGGUCUGUUUUUCAAACAGAAAAUCAAUUCUUUCUGCAAAUUUUUAUUUUUCGGGCUCAAAAUUUAACAUGUCCAAUGCUUUUAUAAACUUUGCAGUUGUAUUAAACUUAAUAUUUUUGCCAGAUCUCAACAAGGAAAUAACGCCAUUUAUGCGGUUUGAAAAUAACAAUAUUGAUAACUAGAGCUAUUUAUUGGCCGAUUCCAGUUUUAUAUUUACCUAAUAUUUCUACAAAAUAUGAAUGUUAAUCAAAUUAUAAUACCGUAUUGCUAUUAAGUUUUUCUCUCACAACUCAGGGCAGGGAUGGCAAAUUUAUUGACAAUUAAAUUAUUAGUUAUUUAAUUAUUAAUUAUGAACAAAUUCCUAUAAGAACUUAAUAACUAUUUAUUAUUCACUACUAUUAAUUAUGAUUAUUGUACUUGAAAUUGAAAUCAAGAUAAAAAAUACAUUUAAUACAAUUUUGAAGUAUUGAACAAGUUUGCUUAUUUAAUAUUCUUAAUGUUAUCAUAAGUAAAAAUAUGCUUUCAUAUUAAUUACUGAGAACCAGUUGCAUAAUUUGGUAAUGUUUGUGGGGAUGAAAUUUUUUUACAUUUUACCUAUUACACCCCCCCCCCAAAAAAAAAAGAAUAAAACGAAAAAUAAAACUAUUAUAAUUAUUAUUCUUAUACUAUUAUUUACACUAUUAAAAUUUCACAAUAGAACACAUUCAGUCAACCAAAGGUUGACCUAACUGAAGAUGGACUACCCGCUUUCACCUAUUUGUUUUUAUUGAAUUCUGACAUGACCAAAACCAAAAAUGAAUAUGAGUAAAAUAAUAAUAAUACAAAUUGGCACAGGCAAUGUUGGGCGCGGGACAGUUAGUAUUAAUAUAUUAUUCUUUUCACUAAUAUCCCAUUAAUAAUUUAAGGCUGCUGUUUGAAGUGCAAAAUAUAUUAAAAGUGUAUGUAGACCACAUACCAAUUUAGAAACGUACAGUUAGACCACAAAUCGAAGUUUGACUAUAAAAUAUGUAUAAAAGAUAUAGGUAUAUAAAAUAUUUUAUAAAUAAAUACGAAAAAGAGACUUAAGUCUAGAGCUUUAAAUGAUAAUGGUUUUUAAAUCGAAACUAGUUUUAAAAACAAACAGCCUAUUAAAAUACUCUUGGCUAAAUUUUUUACUCAUAUUUUUUAUUUUAUAAACAUAAAUAUAUAAAAUGUAAUUAUAUAUAUAUAUAUAUAUCAUAUUAUACAUUCAAUUGUAUUAUUCUAGUUUGAGACUUAACCACUACAGCAAUGUUUGUUUUUAUUUUUAGUUACCUUUCAACCCAAACUCAAUUAUUUGGGAUGGAGAAGUAUUUGAACGCUGAAAGAGCAGAAUAAAUGCAUUAAGAGUUCUGCAACACAAAAUUACAUAAAGUAUUUUUCACUAAUAAGAUAUGUUAUGCUUUAUAUAUUUUAUUUUAUGUUUUUACAAAACACAUAUAUAAGCAUAAACAUGUACAGACUUAUAAUUACUAUUGAAUUUACCACAAUAUUGUAAUUAAUUUUUGAAAAUAUUAAGUUUUUAUUAGAAAUUUGUUUUUGAAAAUUUUAAAUAAAGUUUUUGCUUUCCUUUGUAAGUUAUAAAAAUAUCAUUUAAAAGUUGAUAGUUAAUUUUAAGUCUAUAGUAUCCAUUCAUAAAAAAUGUAUAAAUAAUUGAUAUAUACCAUAACUUAAUAUUUUCAGAAACAAUAUUGUUAAUUUAGUCAUCUUUGAUAAAUUGUUAUUGUUUAUAUAAGGCCCAAUUGAUUUAUUUUAUCUACUACUUGUAUUAUUUUUCCAUUAAUAUACUUUAAUUAAGAAAGCAUAAUAAUAAUUCAAAUAGGAUAAUGUUAAUUUUAAAUUUCUUUAUUAACAAAUAGUUCAUGGUUUUAAUAUUUGUCUUCUUUCGUCCUUCAAUCUCGAAUAGUCCUCCUGGACUUUUUCCAUUUCCGUUUUUAUAGUAGUUGCUUCAACCGUGGACUCUAGACAUUUGCAAAAUCUAUCUUGAGCUGCGCGUAUACUACCCGGUACAAGCACCCCAAAACGUUUGAUAGGAUCAUCUCCAUCUUUGUUUUGCACCAAACGACUUGUAUUGUUCUUUUCGUCAAGAACAACUUUUGAACGAGCAAUGUACGGACCGGAUGUGGGAAGUUGUAAGCCUGAUACGCUACGAUUGCCCAUUACGUACCUACUUUUAGCCAGGUGCACACACCCAUCGCGUAAACAAUGUUCCAGUCGACCGAUACUCAAACAAUAGUCAUUCAUCAGUUGUACAAUUUGUAAACAAAUUUCAUCUAAUUCAUCGUCAAUCUGAAUUAACGUUCUUUCGUGUCCCAUUCCGAUAAAUUUCGUUCAAAUAGCACUAUAAAUUGACUAACACUAUAGUUAAUACUAAAUAUUUACGUAUUUAUAUAAACGGAUCUAAAAUAACAGUAUUGUUCCUGGUAUUGUAUUCCUGGUUAUCAGCAAUCGUUAAAGAAUUGAGCACGAAAAUAUAAGUACACUGUAAUAAUCAUGGAUAAUAUAAUAUAGUUCUUAUCUAUGGUGGUAGCUUAUCACAAAAGCACAACACGGCU